GAAACUACAUGUUGUAAAUAGUAAACACUUCUGCUAGACGACUAAACAGACUGAUAGACUUUACUGCUGAUUCUAUGACAAGAUGGUCCAUUGCGCAGUGCCAAAAUGUGAAAAUUACUCUGGCAUGAAAAAAGAAAAAGAAAGAAUUUUAGCGUUUCAUCGUAUACCUCAAGUGAACUUCAAAAGUGAAUGGCUCCUCGAGAGAAGUAAGAAACGUCAGUCUGCUUGGUUAGCGCGAAUCAAGAAAAAUGGAUUGACAGAAACAGAAAUUAGCAGGCUUCGGAUUUGUUCCGAUCACUUCGUUUCGGGAGCUCCUUCCUCUUUCUUUGCCGAUCAACACGUUGAUUGGGUGCCAUCCUUGAACCUGGGUUAUGAUGUGGAGGAAUCAGAUGAUUUUGAGACUGGUGACGUGGGCGCUGAUUGUCAGUUAACUGAAAGUCAACAGCUCACCAGUCCUACCCAAGUAACAACGGUUCUAAAGCCUUCGAACCACGUAUCUCCUCCAAGCAGCUCCAUCCCUGCUGCUUCAACUCUUUCGAAGCCUUCCAACCACGUAUCUCCUUCAGGUUGCUCAAUCUCUGUCGUGUCAACUCCUUUGAAGCCAAAUCAGCAAAAAAAUCUACCAGGGGGUGCUGGAGGUGUGCCAAGUUUGAAGCGGCGAACCCUGUCAGUUUCUGUCUGUUCUCAUGUCUCCUCCGAUGUUUUACAUAAUCUAUGUGAUACCUCAAACUCUCCACUUGAACUCUCCCCAGUAAAACUAAGUAGAGUUUCUACCCCAAACACUAAAUGUUAUAAACGGCAGCAGAGGAAAAAUGAGUUGUCUGAAUCAGAGUGGAGCAGUGAUUCCAAGAAAUCUGAUGUGAGAACUGAACAAAAUACUUCAUCAUUCACUGUAGACACUUCCGAAGAGGAAAGGGUGUGCCUCAAGAAAAAAGAUUUUGAAGACCUUGUUGAAUACAAACUCAAGUAUGAAGAACAAUUUGCCAAGUCAAAGAAGCUGAGAGACACUGUGACAGAUCUGGAAGUUGACAAACUGGAGUUGCAAGAAAAGUUGAAAUCUGCCGAAGAAGCCAUGGAGAACAUGAAAGGCUUGGUUAGCACAAUGAAAGAGGACAUAAAGGAAAAGAAAGAUGGACAGACUGCUAAGAUCAACAAAAACUAUCAAGGAAUCCUGUUAAGAAGUGAAAAGGAGUUUGAGAAAAUCAAGCAAGAUGCUAUGAAAGCAAAUGCUCUUACUUUCAGGAAACUAGAAGUUUUCUCUUCAAGUGAUGCUAAAGUUAAAUUUUACACAGGUAUACGGUCUUAUAACUCCUUCAGUUGGACUCUUGAAUUAGUUCUCAAGCAUGCUUUUAAAGAUAAGUUGAUGAACAAAUGUUUGCUUGAACCUUGGCAAAGCAUGCUCAUGACUUUAAUGAGGUUGCGUCUAGGGUUAUUGUUGCAAGAUCUAGCAUACAGAUUUGGUGUGAGUCUAACCACUGCUGGGGGCACUUUUGAUGAGUGGCUAGAUGCUUUGUAUAAAGUAGUGUGUCCUCUUGUGUGUCCCACUUUGAUCAAUUGGCCACAUCGUGAAACAUUGCAGGACAAGAUGCCUAAAGCAUUUCAGUUGGUUUGCAAGAAGUAUAGGAUUGUAAAUACCAUUCCUGCUAAAUUGUUAAAGUCCAGAAAUGGAGAUAAUGUGACUCAAAAUGAAAAAAUUUUAAAAGUGGCUUGUGCUUUGACAAACCUGAAACCGAGCAUUGCACCAUGCCUUGACAAUGAUCCUUCUUCAGGGUCUGAAGAGGACUUGCAAUGAAAUCCCUGUGCCUUUUAAGUACUUCGUGUAUGUUUCUUCUCUCAGUCAAUCUGGAUGUGAAAUUAGCGUUUGUCAUCGACUCUUAGCAACCAUUUGUCAGUCAAACUGAUCAUUGACUUUCCACUAUUCAUAUUUAUUUGUGAGAUCUACUUUUUUAAAAAAUGCUGUGCAUAUCCAGUGUAUUUUUCAGCCAUGCCUCAACUUGCACUCAAACUGCCUACUGGUGGGCAAAAUGCAUACUUAUUCUAGUCGCUCACCAUGUAUCAGGGUUGUUCUUAAAUGCCAAAAAGAACAACUUUUCCUAUAAAUGGUCUCAUUACAUCUAUUGCGAAGUGCUUUUUUUACAGUGUAUCAAUGUCGAAGUUUUGAGAUGAAAUUACAUUGAUAAUUAUUUCAUUUUCGUGCUGUAAUAAACUUGAAACAGUCAAGCUGC